UCAUGACUUGUACCUCAGUCUUGUAAAACUGAUGUAGAGUCCUAGCUGUAUCUAGCUAAAGAUCUAUUUCCCUUUCCACCUUUAAAGUCUAGGGGCUGUUUAGGGCUCAGCUUCUUCUCCCUCUAUCCAGGAUUGACCUCUUCCAAAACGGAGCUUGCUUUGUCACUGGCCUUUUGCCAUCUUCAAACGCAAAACCCUAGAAAGCUUCGUUUCCCUCUACCGCCUUUCUUCUGAUCAGGUGAUUCGGGAGGCAGAGUCACGUGAGUCACAGAAAGUUAAAAGUAAGCUGCAAGCUGUCAUUUCUAGCUUUAGACAUUUGAGAGAUGUUUCCUUGCAAGAUUUGCCUACAGGCAGAGGUGUGGUUGCUGCUGUGGCUGCUUCUUCUUCUUCCGCCUCAGAGCACCAAUGGGUCGUUCUUACAAAGACAUUUUACCCAAUCUCCUAGCCCGCCUAACCAGCCUGACCAAUCUGACCAGCCUGGCAAACUUGGAAUACCCACCCCGAUUUCCCCCGACAUCGACAACACUAUGUAUGUCUUGGAUGAUGCUCGUGGGCUCGGUCGGGUGUUCGAUGGGAUCGGCGGGAUGAGCGGUGGCGGGGCAGCCUCUCGACUUCUAGUCAAUUACCCAGAGCCUCAUCGUUCGGAAAUAUUGGAUUAUUUAUUUAAGCCAAACUUUGGUGCUUCUUUGCAUAUUCUGAAAGUGGAAAUAGGUGGUGAUGGACAAACAACAGAUGGCACUGAGCCCUCCCAUAUGCACUAUAAAGGCGAUGAGAACUAUUUCCGGGGCUAUGAAUGGUGGUUGAUGAAGGAAGCUAAGAAGAGGAAUCCCAAUAUUAGACUUUUUGGAUUGCCAUGGUCAUUUCCUGGUUGGCUAGGUCCAGGUAAAAGUGAUCCCUAUGACAAUAUGACAAUGACUGCUUUAUAUGUUGUGUCUUGGAUAUUGGGCGCUAAAAAACAUCAUGAAUUGGACAUUGAUUAUAUUGGGAUUUGGAAUGAGAAAAAAGUUGACACUGAGUAUAUAAAGAUCUUAAGAGAAAAGCUUAAUGAAAAAGACCUGAAAAGAGUGAAAAUCAUAGCCAAUGAUCACCACUGGUACCCCAUUUCCAAAUACUUGGAAUUGGAUCCUAUGCUCCAGAACACCAUUGAUGUUAUUGGGGUUCAUUAUCCUGGGACUCAUGCUGUAAAUGAUGCUUUGAAAACCAACAAAACACUCUGGUCUACUGAAGAUUGCAGCAUUUUUAGUGAUGAAAAGGGUGGAGGCUUCUGGGCUCGCAUCUUGAAUCAGAAUUAUGUGAAUGGUCAAAUUACUUCCACAAUUGCUUGGAACUUAGUGGGUAGUUAUUAUCCACAAUCACCUUAUGAGAAAGAUGGGCUGCUGACUGCUAAAGAACCUUGGAGUGGGCAUUAUGUUGUAGAGGCUCCUAUUUGGAUUACAGCUCAUACGACUCAGUUUGCUCAACCAGGGUGGCAAUACCUGAAAACAGUUGGACAUUUAUUUAAUGGUGGAAGCUGUGUAGUUCUUACAGAUGGCUUAGGUAACCUCACUAUUAUCAUUGAAACCAUGACUCAUCAGUAUUCACAGUGCCGUAAGUCACGUGUUCCUUUUUUCCAAGUGUCUGAACAAACUAUCACUUUCUCUCUUCAGGGAACCUUUAAAGAAUUAACAAUGCUACAGGUAUGGUAUUCCAAACUUGGAAAAAAACCUUGGAAUAACGCAUUUCAACAAUUACCUCCUCUAACGAUUAUUGAUGGAACAGUCACAUUAAAACUAGGUGUGGAUGAACUGUACACUUUAACCACCAUCACUACAGGUCAAAAGGGAAGUCAUCCUAUUCCUCCAGAAUCACGUCCAUUUCCAUCUAACUUUGAAGAUAACUUCAAUGUUGGCAAUUCACUUUUUAGAGCAUCUCCACAUUUUGCAGAUCAAACAGGUGUAUUCGAAUACUUCACCAAUGACCAGGGUACAGGGGACCAUACCUUUACCUUACGCCAAAUGCUCAAUCAGCGACCUAUCACUUGGGCUGAGGAUGCAGAUCAGACCAUCAGUAUUAUAGGAGAUUAUAACUGGAGAAAUUUAAAUAUAAGUUGUGAUAUCUACAUAGAGAAACCAGUGACGGGUGGCAUAUUCAUUGCUGCAAGAGUAAAUAAGGCUGGGUCAUCCAUUCGAAGUGCCCAAGGACUUUUCUUCUGGGUUUUUGCAGAUGGGUCUUAUCAAGUUACAAAUGAUCUUGAGAGAAAGAUGGUAAUAAGAUCAGGAAGCUCUGAUACCCAUUGGGGAAGUUGGUACACCCUCAUUCUCAAUAUUAGUAUCAAGAAGUAUAACCAGUUAUUGCAGUCUCUCUCACAGGAGUUUCACUCAAGUUCCUCUGAAGAAUAUGCUUCCAUUGAGUUCAUUUCUCAAGCUGAAUUCUACACUGUGCACAAUUACAAGCACAUCCUAACCGAGACGCAAGCACUGUACUACCCCAUUCACAAGAAUCCAGACAUCCUCAACCAGCCUCGACUGACUAAUCACCAGCUUUAGGACAAAAAACAGGAGACCCGCAUUAGACCAAGCCAACUACUCCCUUUUGUCUGGAAGUGGGGAUUAUCACCCCCCAAUAAAUGGGAGUACCACUAUUUUCAGUGAGUGGUGAUGGCAGCAAGUACCAAACUGGACCUGCCUCUGGACAGCCUGCAGUACCUAUUGCCAGGGGUGAAGGCACGGACUUCCAGACUUAAGUUAGCUCAGCUCAAUGCCAUAGUCAUGGUGUCUGGGUUGGUGUCUUUCAUCAACUUGGGCAUGGUAGCCGCUUCUUCUCUCCAUCUAGCUACCUCCCUGCUCCUGCUGUUUUUUGUUUCUCUCAUGGGGCACCGAACCUUCAAGGUUUUCACCCGGCUGCAGAAGCUGAAUAACCUAGAGCUAAUCAAUCUGCUCUAUUUCCGAACCACAUCCAGUGAUUAUGAACUGAUCAAUAACAUAGUGCUGAGGGCUCUGGAAGAACACAUCAAGGAGGUCCUGCUGGCCCACAGUUUCCUGAGCAGGAAAGGGGAUGUGCCUCCAGAGGAGAGUGCCCAGUGGCUGCAGAAAACUGUGGAAAGCUGGGUCAGGACCCACUUGGGCUGCAAAGUGAGUUUUGAUGGAGCCCGAGCACUGGAUCACCACAAAGCUCUUGUUGAAAAUAUGUCCAUUGGACCCCUGACCAGUUAUUUUAAGAAUCUUAACCCCCUUCUGAUUAGCCAGUCGAACAAAUCCCUGGACCCUCCUUCUCAGAUCCAGUCUGUCAAGGAAUAAGGCAUUUGUAGCCCCAUCUACUAUCCUCUCCUGCUGGCUCUCCAUCUGGUUGUGACACCUGAGGACUACACUCUUGGUCCAAAAGAAGUGUCCAAUGCAAACAAGAAUCCAGAGAGUGGAGAGAGGUAAUACUAACAGAAAUUUCCCCCAGUGUUCCUGCUACCUCCUGUCUCUUGGAGAAGGGAGCAGAUAAUGUACCUCUCCUCCCCUUCAAACUCCAGUUAUCUUUCCCUAGAGGAAGGUAUUUAAAAUUCAUAUUUCAGAAAAAAAAUUAACUUUAUCCUAACCACAGGAUCUUUCCAUGCAUUCAUAUCAGGGCUACCCCAAAUAAUUUUUUUUUAACUUCUCUGGUCCCUGCUCUGUAAAGAAGCAUUGUAAUGGUUUGUCCAUAUGAAUGGUUGUUGAAAUUAAAGUGCAGUUUAAUUUGCAUGCCAAUGUGUUAGUUUUUGCUUUUCUCUAGCAAUUAGUGAAGUUAAACAAAAAAAAUUUCCUUGGUUGCAGUAGAACUUAAAAAUGUCAGAAGAGAUGAAGAAAGUUUACCAGCCUCUGAUGUGUAAUUAAGGUAACAAUUACCUUGGAUCAAUGACCUUGUAUUAACAUAAGUGUAUCCACUCACAAAUUGUUGCCCAGAAACACCUGUGUCACCCCUAGGUUGUGAAUGAUCAAUAAAAAUGCUUGUCUCUUUCUUUGCAUCAGAGGAGGGAUAAUGUGAGUGUGAAGCCCCCUGCCCCUUUUAUGAUGAUGAUAGUAUUUGCCUUUAUGAUUAUUUUCAGAAUACAAUCAUCAGGUUUGAGCUAAUAAUCAAAGUGAUAGAGUUUGUUUUAUAAAAUUAAAGGGAUCAGCUAAGAAAGUUCCAGUUUAGGGUGGUAUCAAAUCUUGUUUACAUCUUUUGACCUCAAGCCUAUAACCAAAAGCUACUACUAAGCCUGUUGGGUGCAAGAUCAAGACAGUCACGCCAGAGGAGGGCCACUGUUGUUUCAACAAACUGCUGACUCCUAAUAUUGUCAGUAAAAGACACUAAUAGUGCAAAGGUGACAUAAGUAGACUUUUAUCACCCCCCCCCAAAGUGAUCUUCUUUUACAUUCACUAGCACUUGUGCCACUAAUUAAGAGCAGCCUGUAUGAAAUCUAUGAGCCUUUUUCUUUUUCUGUAUCGCUGUCAUUAUGCCAUAAGAUUUCUCUCUAUUAAAAAAAAAGACCAUCUUCUAAGGCUUGGGGUCUCUGGUUCUUUAUUGUGAGGUGGGCCUCCUCUCAAUAAACCCAUUAUUUAGCUUCGAGUUCUGUAUUGUGAUAAAUUUUUGCCACAUGAUAGACUUUUCAAAAACUUUUUUUUUAAUAAAAGGGCUUUUUAGCAAGAAAAAGUCGAUUAUAGCCCUACCUAUAUCUGUUAUGCCAAUAACAGUCUAUUUGGCCAGGGGACUUUUCUGAAUUGAAUGAUAUGGAAUGAAAAAUUUUCUACUCCUUAAAAUACUGUCCAUUUCCCCAGUAUUAACUUGCAGUUUUUGAGAAUAUAUAUGUGUAUAUACCCAUAAAUACACAUAUAAAUGUAUGUGCGUGUGUGUUGAUGUCUUCCUGGCUUCCUCUCUGCACUGCUCCAUGAUUCCUCCUUUUUUGUGGCUUCCCUAUUGUGAUUGGUUGUGUCUGCUGACAUUUUUUAGGAUAUCACUGAAAUAAAAUUAAUUAAUGGCAAUGUUUUUCAGUUAUUUCUACUUUAUUUAGGGUUUUUUUUUAAUUGUCUGAGACCAUGGGAGGGAGACAAAGAAAUAGAACAGAAACUGUAAUUACACAUACAAUCUAGUUGACUUUAGAAACAAGUGAAAAUCCUUAAAAGUUAAAUAAGAUAAAGCAAACAAAUAAAAUACCUGCUCCUUGACCCAGGCUUUUUUGUGUCCAAGGAGGAUUCCCUGGAAGACAGGGUAAGGGACAGAGACUAGACUUAUGAAUUCAUUGAUAAUGAGGAAUUCUUAGAUGAGGAAGCUUCCUCUUCCAAUGAAGACCAGCACAUUUUCUACAAUCUACAGUCUGAGAUCCCCUAGAGCACUGACAGUUUCAAGAACAUGCUCAGGGAGCCAUAAUCACUAUGUGUCAGUAUCAGGAUCUCAAGUCAGAUCUUCUAAUUCUCUUGGCAGCUCCCCAUCCAGUGUACAAUGCUGCCUCUCCCUUGAGAAUGACAUAUUCUAAUAUAGAAAAGAACUCCAUAUGAUGUGAUUUGUUAUGAAAAUUCUGAUGUCACUUAAGAAGAGCAGCAUAUAAGGUGCCUAUUAAAUGAGGGGGUUGGACUGAAAAAUAGCUACAACCCUUUGCAAUUCUAAUUCUAUUUUCCUAUAAUCCCAUGUGCUGGGAUUUAAGAAAUGUGUGGAGAUAAGACCCAGUACCAUUUUACACUUGUAACAAAGUGCAUCACGUGGGAUGUGAUUAUGGUUGUCCUCACUAGGCUCCGGCUGACUAUCUCUGUGCCAUUUUUUUUUUAAGGUAAACCAA